GAUAUUACCCCAAGAUGCUUACUAACUUUUCACUCUGAUCUCUAACGUCGGACUUAAAACACAUGCGUAUAAAAUCUAGUGACAUUUUAAUUCAUUUUUUUCAUUUUUAUCAUUAUUUUUUACACUAAAAUUAACACUAUUUACAACUUUUAACAAUCAUAUUCUAAACAUUAUUUAUGUAUACAGUUGUUCUUAUUUUCAAUCAAUGGUUAACUAAUUAAUUCAACAAGUGCAGAGUAAAUAGAUAAUAGGUGAUCAACUAGUGUCUUGGAUAGUGCCUUAAAAUAUGUGCUGUGUUGAAUAAGUUGAUAAAAAGAAAUCUAGUGUUAUUAAUUAGAAGUAAAGAUAAUUUUUUUAAAGCCUUUUUAUUGACAUCUAUACAUUUAUAAGUGAAAUGAUGACCCUGAUGACAGACGUAGGAGUUUAUCCCUACGAAGCUAGACUAUCAUAUGAAAGUUAUCAUCCACAUCGUCAUCGGCAUUUUUAUAGCAACACCGAUACUGGAUAUUUGCAGAGCUAUGUAUCGGAAAGAGAUGAACAUCCAUCAAGAACUCGAAGUGUCGAUAGUGUAACUUCACCAGAAAGUAUUACUUCUGGCCACUAUCGACAUGAUAAUCUUAUCAGAUCACAAUUCCGUUACAUCCCAGACUCAGAUGAUGCGUCGUCAGUGGUAUCAGCCGACGCAUCAGCAGAUCCAGAGUCAGCAUCUGCCGAUGGCGAUGAGACUAAUGAAAGUGAAGGUGUUGAACAUGUUCCUCAUCCACACGUUUUGGAUACCAGUUCACCACAUGGACCUCGAAGGUGUCUUUUGUGGGCUUGUAAAGCUUGCAAGAAAAAAACUGUCACUGUUGACAGAAGAAAAGCUGCCACAUUACGUGAACGAAGACGUCUCAGAAAGGUGAAUGAAGCUUUUGAAGUACUCAAGAGACGAACCAGCAACAAUCCAAACCAGCGAUUGCCUAAGGUAGAGAUUUUGAGAAACGCCAUUGAGUAUAUCGAAAGCCUUGAGGCUCUUCUUCAAGGUAAUCGGUCGUCAGGAGGUAACUCAAACCACGUCACUGCGGAUAAUGUGAAUAGUGAAUCAACACAGUACGUGACAGAUAGACUACGUCAGUUCUCCGAUCCAUUGGCAAGGUUUCAACCGAUAAAUGGUUUCGAACCAACAGAGGCUUCUGCGAAUCAAAACACUGGGAGUAGUCUUGAUUGUCUCAAUAUGAUUGUCCAGAGUAUAAGUGGCGAAUCAAAUGAUAAUAAUUAUCCAUCGAAUAAUUAGGAUAUGUUCAGUAUUAAUUUUAACAAUCAUUAAGAUGAUGAGAAAUUUUUUAGAAUGAAAAUUAUGAUGGAUAGGUAAUUUUGUAUCAUUUUAUUUUGUGACCAAAUGAAUAUUAUUCUUUUUAAUAUAAUGUAAUGUAAUUAUUUAAUAUGAUUCAUACUCAUGAGAUAAUUAAUUAGUUUAUCUUUGUUUACCAAA